CCGAUCAAUUUGGUGGAACGUAACCAUUUCUUGUAAAAGUUGUGUCCCUUUCUUAUAAAACGACAAAUGUAGAAAAAGUGUAAGGCGUACGUUGAAAUUGACAGUGACUAGAUCUAUCAUGUGUUAAGAUAUUGCGCUCAGCAUUUAAAAAAGAGGAUGUAAUAUAUUUCAGUGUUAGCAACUGAACAGGAAAUGAUGUCAUCAUCUGACCUUGAUUUGACCUCGCAGACUGAAGGAGAGGAUGACGCGGAACACAGCAGUGAGGCAGACAUGGAGAACGCACGCCUUUCAAGUAAUUGUAUGAUAUCCAAUAUCAUCAACCCUCAAGAAUUUACCAAUCAAAUGAGCUUUAUGCGUCCAUGCAAUGGCAAUGCUAGCGUGGAGCUGACAGAGGUAUCUGAUCUUGACAAUGGUACAAGCAUUGUAACCUCAGAAAGUGAUUCCCAAGAAAAUGUGAAACCCACAUCUUCGAAUUCACCACUGAGGUUUUUGGAAAGAAUCAACUUUGGAGCCAGUGACUGGUAUAAGCACAGAAGUUUCCAACCAUAUUGGGAUCAUUAUGAACAUGUUAUGGGUUGGUGUCAGAAACACUAUGAAACGUGUAACAAACUUUCCCACAUCCAGAAUAGCAGUUCUUUCAAUAGCUAUCCAAUGUAUAUGUCUGAAAUGCCAAAUAUGUUUCCUCAUUAUAAGUAUCAGCAUGGUGGUUCUCACACUGGGUCAGUGACAGGGAGUGAAAAAAGUCUUCAGAGAAGGAGAAGAAGAGGGGGACGAAAACAGAAGAAGAGGAAACACAAUUUCAGCUGCUCAGAUUCAGUGGGAACUCAGACCCAUUCUGAAUUUGAAAUGGAAAUUACGCAAGACAUGAUAGACUUCUUUGCCAAAUCAGCCCAACAUCGACGAUUGAGAGAUGAGGCAAAGAAGGGAGGACAAGGAAAAACUGAGCCAGAACCGGAUCAUAUCAAUGUUGAGCAAGUCUCAACUAUGGCUGAAAAGACGCCAACUGUGGAGCCCCCUUCAGAGCGACCUGGUGCAAGAAGGACUGCGGAAAUGAAGCUGCUGUACGGCAGAGGGGCGCCCAUGAUACACGGGAUGGAAACGGCUCUACAGAUGGCCUUUGACAGGACCGCGGAUCUCAUGCAGCCCAAAAUGUGGCCCAACAUGCCUCUUAGAGUUGUCUUCUCAUGAUUGUCUGUGGACAGUGAACAUUUUUUAUCUGUAUGGAAAUUUGAUAACUGAAAAGUUUUGCAAAUAUUUAGCUUUGAAAAAUAUGCAGUAUUUUUUCAUAUAUAGCCACAAAUGACCAUGUGUAUACCAGUAUCCAUACUAUCAUACUUUUAUGAAAAACACAAAUAAACCAAGAUUAAUAAAGCAAUUUAGGCUA